AAGAACGAAUGCAGGUAAAGCCUGUCAGAUAGUAGAAACAAGUCUGUACUUGCCUUUUUUUCGUUCGAAUUCUGUUCAACGAACUACGUAUGAACUACGCUCGUCGUGUAAGAUAUUAAACACAAACAAGCUAAGCGUUCCUUCCUUUUUGUGCUUCACGCUUCCACCAGAGGCAUCAAGAUGGGCAACGUUUACGGCUCCACGACAGGUUAUGCUAGUUCCUAUUUUGGGCAGCACCUCCCGGGCGGCCAGCGCGUGUCCAACAACUCCCGAACGGAGGGUUCCCUAGCGCAGGGUUCCUUCCUGCCCGACUGGCAUUCGUUGUUCGCGCUCAUUUUCCCGGGCAAAACGGACGUGGGCGUGUUCGGGGCGACGCACGUCAACCGCUACGCGUUGAGCCAGCGCCCGGUGAAAAUCUGCGGGAACGAAGCGGUGCUGCACGCGGGGCGGCAUGCGGCCGACGUGCUGGAGCUGAUGCCGCGGGAGAGGAAGGAGCUGCUGGAGCAGGAGGUUUUGAUACAGCAGUGGAAGCGAGAGGAACGAGAGCGAAGUCGGGCCGCUGCGAGCACCAGUGCUGCUGAAAAAGCGGUUGUCCACCCAGGGACGAAUGUUACCGAAGUCAACCUCAACACCGGAUCAAGCAACAAGGAAGGUGAUACUCAAUCCCAGCAGCCGUUUGUCCUUGACCUCGUUCCGCGGGCGGAAGACGGGGCAAACAGUCCCGGAGGCGAAUCGCGCAGUGCAGCAACGUCCACCUCGGCUGGGGGUGCUAGCAGUUCGUCGAGUAGUUCCUCCUCGGCCUCUGCGUCUGCGACAGGCACAGGGGAAAUAAGAAAUGCGAACCGUGAGAGCAGGACCCUCGCGGAGAGAAAUGGAGGCUCCGCUUCUUCGCUUCCCGAGGCCCGGGAACAAGAAGAUGAUGAGCAGGGCCAGCAAGGUGGUCACCCUCCAGCACCGCCGUCCCCCUCCCCGACAUCCAGGCCCCGCGGCGCGUGUUUAGUGGUAGGUAGCCGGCGGAGAAAGGCCAGCACGACGAGCAACGCAAGUAGCGGCUCGGCCAGUACUGCGAGUAAUGGCGCAGCGGGGGCCACAACGUCUUCUACUUCUGGUUCUUACCCGCCCGAAGACGGUGCUCCGGGGAGCAAAAGCUCCUCGUCCUUAGUAGAGCCGUCUACUGCGAAGUCAUCUUCUAGCUCAUCUACAACAUCAGAAGUCGCACCAAAGACAACGAUAUCAUCAAACCGCAUCGUGCCGCUGGGGUUCGCCUGUCUGAAGGGACGCAAGCCAGACCCCAACCAGGACAACUUUUUUGGCGUCACGUACGACGAAGGGCGGCAGUUUCUGCUCGGGGUCUUCGACGGCCACGGGCCGCAGGGGCAGGUGUUCAGCGAAAUCGGCACGUUGUGGGCACCUUUGGUGUUGCAGCGGGAGCAACACCAUCAGGAGGCGUUGAGAAAAGCGACCUGUGGCGAAGGUUAUUCUGGGACAGAAAGUGCAUUUUUUGAUGGUGGAGCCGCGUCUACUACAGAUUCUAGUAGUGUCGCAGAACAAAUAAAUCAGGAAUCUGCACCGUUGUCCCGUACUUCUUCUUCCUCCUCCGCUUCCAGCAGGUCCGAAGACCACUACUCGGAGAUCAUGCGGUCCGCGUUUCAUAAACUGACCCGCGUGGCCACGCAACGACUGGAGGAUAGCAAGGGAGAAAGUAACGCGCUCUGCAUGAGCGGAACGACCUGCGUCAUCGUGCAUGGACAGAUUCACCUUGGAAGUAGCACAUGCAGAAGCACGACGUCGGGAAUACUAAAUCGACCGCUCGAGCAGGAAAAUGCGGGUUUAGAUCGUGGUAUUGCGGGUGAACAAAACACGCGCGCCAGCACUUCCUCUUCGUCGUCAGGUACGACGCACGUUCAAGACACAGCUGACGGUGUUAAAAAUACAGUUGGUGAGCCCGCCGCCUUGCCAGCGACCACUUCCGUCGUGGUUUCAUCGUCUAUUUGUGAUCAUGCUCCUGCUCUCGUCGAUGAACAGGUGGAAAUGGACGUUGACCGCCCAGGCACUACAGCAGUCACGUUGCCCGGUUAUACGGUCUCACAAGAUUCACAUUCAGCGACGAGGGAUUUUUCUGGCGACAGUGGCGCCGAGGCGUGCGAUCGGGAACGGAGUAGCAGCCAUGCGUCCUCGUCGUGUUCCCCGUCCGCUGCAUCAGCGGGGAAAAAAGUAGUCGAGCUUGAUGUUGACCAAGAGAAGCAAGUUCGCUCCCAGCUGCCGCAUGGGUCUUCUACCUCUACGUCGUCUUCCUCUUCCACAGAAGGUGGUGCUUUUUCAAACGGUGCUGGAGCUGAUUCCUCGCUGGAACUUGCGUUGAACUGUGGAUGGCUCGGUAUUCACGUGUUAUUUGAUGGCCGUGAUGAACUUCAACUUUUUCUUUUGAGCGUUCUUUUAUUUAGCCUCGUCAUAAUUUUGCCAUUUUUUGUUCUGGCUAUUCUCCUGACAGGCGACUCCCGUGCGCUGGUGAUUGAAGGCAGGCAAACGCCCCCUACCCGGUCGAUUGUGUUGGAGAAAGUUACCGCACUGACACGCGAUCACAAGCCCGAAGACGAGGAGGCGGAUCGUCUACAGUCGCAAUGGGCGGCGGGCACAACAAAAAACACCGGGUUUAUCAAAAAGCAGCGCGUUUGGUUCACCUGCGACAGCACCCAGCCAGGAUUUAUUUCGGGCCUGAACAUGAGUCGGAGUCUGGGUAAGUACAACAUCUAAGAAAGGCGAAUACCAUUCAUAGAUACGUAGUUUUUUGUUGUUCACUUCAGCUGCAGGUCGUGCUCGUGUAAUGAGUGCAUGAGUUGGUCUUUUUUUACGGGUCUACUUCAUCCGAUCUCUCUUCUCAGGUGAUCGCUAUGCCCAUGAUGUCGGGGUUUCCAGCGAGCCAGAGGUAACGAGCGAAACAAUUUCGCUUCUGGAGCCCCGGCCUGCUGCAAACAGUUCCAGUUCUGGUUCCAGUGCAGCAGCAAAGGAGCAACUGCGAUCGGGCACCAGUUCUGCGUCGAGCGCGGACGCAGCAGGAGUACAAUCAGAGUCAUUGUCCUGCGGCGCGGGCGGCGGAGAGGAUGACGCGGGUCCAACGGGAGGUUAUGGUGCUCCGAUGUCUUCUUCUUUAUCAGGUUCGUUUCGACGUGCUGCCCCUACGGGACAACUACAUCAAGCAAGACCUCAAGAAGUUCUUGACAGUACUGCUUAUUCAUCCCCAAAGCACGUGUUCGUUCUGCUAGCGACCGAUGGCGUAUUCGAGGUGUUGACGAACGAGCAAGUGGCCGAGCUGCUGCUGACCAAUUUGAACCUCGGCAAGUCGCUGCAGCAGACCGCGGAAAAUAUCGCACGGUCAGCAGCGGAUCUCUGGAACCAGGGCACCUACAUCGACGAUAUCACAGUUUUGUUGUAUCUGGUGUAGAAGAUGUAGUUGUAGUGGGACGAGAGAUGGUGCACGUAGUCUCUGCUACUUGCAGCCGGCACCCCUGACAUUCAUCGUGCUGGUGUCCUUCUAGAAGUUAGUAGUUUGAUCCACUCUUCCUUUAGCCGUACCCACAGGUAGGUGAUGCUUCGUCUACUUCACUUCUGGAUUUGGGCUGAUGCUUCUGUAAAACUCUCCUCGACGAGCACGAAGAGUGACAGGUGCGACGGCGGUGGUGUCCUCGUGUACUUAAAUAAACGUAGGUGUAACAAAAAAACAAAAAGAGGAACUCGAGCUACAACUAGCUGAGCUGAGGCUGCUUGGUACUACAAGAAAACCCGCUAGCUGAAGUCGUUGAAGUUGCAUGUGAUGUUGAAGCGACAGCGACUCAAUGAAAUCCAAACUUCUAACACAGCUGCAUGGAAAAAAUGAAAUUAAAAAGUAUCAUCAAGAAAGAAUACGAUCGAGUUUUCAAAAAACACAUUUGAAAAACUGCAACUCCUGCAGCUUUCUUCUAAAAUUGGCUGCAGCGGGACCAACG